AUGAUAUGGAUGCCCCGGUAUGUCAGUCAGAAGGUGGUAUUCGGGAAACCGGCGGCAUCGAACGAAGUACAGCAGAUAUCCAAAACGCAUCCUGAUACGACUUUCAAUCUGCCAAGGAUGGCGAAAAUGGUCAAGAUGUGCGUUUAUGCAAUUCAGGAAUCACCUCUCUCGGCUGAUACAGUAUCACUGAUAACAUAA